AUGGGAAAUUGUAAUAACAGCAAAGAUGUAAAUUUUGAUGAUGUUAUGUGUAAAUUAUUUAAACAACAAAUUUAAGUACCUUGUAAAGCUGAUUUUGCUUUACUUUUUGUAAUUGGUAGAGGAGGUUUCGGAAGAGUUUGGAAAGCAGAAAAUAAAAAAUCAAAAUAAUAGUUUGCAAUAAAAGAGUUGAAUAAAUGCAAGUUAAGAAUUAAUUAUAAAAGAUCAGGAUAAUAAAUAAGAAAAGUGUUAGCUCAGUAAUGAAUGAAAGAUAUUUAUUAAGUAACUUAAGACAUCCGUAAGAAAAUAAAACUAAAUAGGUUUUUAGU